AUGGGUGAAAUGUCCGCUUUGCUGAUGCUGCUCCUCAUCCAGUGUUUCCCCAAACUACUUGCCAACAACUUCUCAGCUUCGCGGCAGGUUCGACUGGCGGUCUUCUGUGAUUCCGGAGUCCAUAAGGAGUGUGUUGAUGCAUCAGCAUCCAAUCUCCUCAAUUCCAAGAUGUUUUCACUUGCAAACUGUAGUUAUUUCCUUAACGGAUCAGUGUUGAACGAAAAGAUGAUACGAAUUCAAGGAAUAGAGAGGUUUGCACUUCAGCUGACACAAAUGAGACCUCAUUUCGUUCUUGCAGUGGGCGAUGCUAAAAACGUCCAUGUAAUUUCAAUUGUGUGUCGUGCUAUGGGGAUUCCUUUGUUUGGAUACAUAACAUCACCAGAAAAACACAAUGUAAUGUACAGUAAAAGUUACAUAUCCCUCAACUCGUCACCGUAUUCAGAAGGAGCUGCUCUGGCACACGUCAUCGGGAAGUUCAACAUGCCGCACACCGCGGUGCUCAUCGAGAACUCCGACCUCAACGACGGAUUCCUGGAGGGAUUCGAGACGGUAGGGGAGAACAGUGACCUGGGCCGCUUCAAGACCAUCAUCCUGCGCGAGGGUCUGGCGGUCAGGGAUGUGGAGUACUUCCUCACGGAGCUGUCCAUCAGUGGCUGGAAGAUCCUCGUUCUGCACUGCCACUCCGAGGUCAUGCUGUCCAUCGUCAAAGGUACGCUUGGUUCCUUCUCCGAGACCGCCCUUGUUACCUCCCCUGAAGCCGUUCAGAGACUCCCUGAGGGACUACUGGCGGUCCAGAGCUUCAGCGCCUCUGGUGUGACUGGUAUUUUCAACAGAACUUUGUAUUCCAUUGCCAACGCGUGCCUUUGUGAACUCAGGUCGUCGUCACCGCAGUCUUCAUUCCCAAGCCUUUCUCCUGUGAAAUCUUCGUCCAUUGGUGGCUGUGUACAGAUUCCUGAUAAUGUGUAUUUUAAAGAACAUUUUGUCAAAGUUUUGAGAUCCAGGACUAGGUGUGGCAACAAAGACACUCUGACUGCACCUCCAAGUGAUGAAGCAUUUCACCUGUUAAACUUAGUGCACGAAAGACGGGAGGGAAACAUCUGGGACAGGGUGGGCUACAUCACGGCUGAUGGGGAGUCCAAUCUGAAAACGGUUCUCUGGCCUGGACGGUCCAUAUACGGGCCAUCGGCUAACGUUGAGAAAACAUAUCGCGUCGUAACCAGACCGGCGGAGCCAUUCGUGUUUAUCCAGGGCCCCGUCGAUCACCCGUCCGACUGUUACACUGAUCUGCCUUGUCUUGAGGUGAUCGACCCAAAACCUCAGUCCACAGCCUUUGUGAUAGAAACCUUUCUAACGACCCACGGAUACAACCAGACAGGAUACCGCGUCCACUGUUGUAAAGGUCUGACUUUGGAUCUACUCUACAAGCUGGCGAUAGAUCUGAAUUUCAGUUUUGUUCUGUAUUUCGUGAAUGACACCAACUACGGAACCUACAGGAACGGCGAGUGGACGGGGAUGGUGGGCGACAUCGUCAACGGAGAGGCCGACAUCGUGGCUGGAGCGUUCAGCGUGACGUCGGAGCGGCUGAGCUCCAUCUCGUUCACGGAACCUUUCUUCCAGAACACCUUCGCCAUCGUGACGGGGGCCAACGGCAGGUCCAUAUCGAUGUGGGCGUUUCUCAGUCCCUUCUCCUUCCAGGUGUGGAUCUGCAUCAUGAUCAGUUCCGUGGUGGCCGGGGUGGCUACCUCUGUGCUGGAGUGGCGCAGUCCGUUUGGCCUGAACCCGCGAGGCAGACGGCGCGACAGACAGUACUCGCUGGGGUCCGGUUUGGUGAUGGUGCUGGUCUUACUCACGGGACACACAGUCAGCGUUAAGGCGCCCAAGAGCUGGCCGGGCAAGGUCAUCCAGAACGUCUGGGCAGGACUGGCCAUCUUCAUCAUGACCAGCUACACGGCCAACCUGGCGGCUUACCUGGCAGGCCAGUCUGCGGUCGUCAUGCUCAAGAGCAUCUUCGAUUCCAAACUGCUGUUCAAGAAAGUGUCCCUAAUCAAGUCCAGCGCAGUGGAAUCAUUCCUGUCAAAGAUCAACCCUGAUUUAUCAAACCACGUGAGAUCACAUUAUACACAUUCAACCGUAGAGGCCAUACUAAAAUUGAGAGCACGUGAGAUCGACGUGUACCUGGACGACAGUCCUCUGUUGGAGUACGCCGUGUCCAGACUCGACCAGUCGUGCAGUGUCCGCUUUGUUGGGAAGGGUUUCGGAACUGACGGGUACGCAUUUGGACUCCAGAGAUUCUCAUGGCUUCAGGUUCCAUUGUCGAACCGAAUCCUCCAGUAUUCGGAAUCCGGCGUGUUGUCGGACCUGACGAGGACCUACCUGACCAGACCGCACUGUGACGGCAUCUUGGCGAACAGCGCCGUGCAGUACGGGAUGGAACACACCGGAGGACUUUUUAUAAUCCUCUCCACGUCCGUCAUCCUGUCCAUGCUGCUCAUCUUCGGCGAGCACGCGGCCUACAGGUACUUCGUGCCGUGGAUCAGACGCAAACCGAGUACCAGCUGGUGGAAGAGCGAAAACCUCGCCUUUCUUAGCCAGCGUCUGUACCGCGUGGUCCGGAGCGAGCGGCUCUACUCUCAAAAGGAGACGGCCCAGGAGAUGAUGAAGAUCGUCAAGGAGAGAGACUUCACCCGGCUCAUUCAGAAGCAAGAGCUCCAGAAAAGAAAAAUUCCAAAGAAAAAAGAAAAGUCGAAGGCAGAAAUGUUUCAGGAACUGACUGCAAAUAUCGUAAGUUACCAACGACAGCUGAAGUCAGAACAUUCGGAAGAGCAGCUACACGACUGCAUCGUCCACCAGGAGACCAGCACCAGUCGCGUCAUCAUCAUGGUGAACGACAACCCUGUCCAGAUGGACAACACGUCUGACAUCAGCAACGUGGACGGCCUCCACAACCACGCCUACCACACGGACGACUCCGCAAGACGUCGUCGGGACAACAGCGAUGAUCGUCUGAACGAGGUCAUUGUGGACGAGGUGUUCGAGAAGGACGCUGGUGGUGGUGACGACGACGGCGACGACGACGACAUUGAUGGCGACGGCUCGUUCCCAAUUCGCCUGACAAAGGCUUACUCCACCUGGCCUAACUUGAAGCAGAAGACACUGGACACGGCUGCGUCUGAUGAUCCUGCUGUUGUUAACUCAAGACGCAUCAGCAGCAGCAGCAUCAACAGCAACAGCUCACCAAAAAACAUAAACAACGACAUAUGGGUCAUCUCCGACGGUGGUGCUAAAGACAACGAGAAAACUCGGUCCCCAGUCAAGAUCCCUGCUGGUCGCGGUGCGAAUGGGGAUCACGACACGAACUUGCAGAAAAACAUCACAGGUGGACUAUCCAUCGACUAUCAACCGCUGGACUAUUUUCAGAGAAACCUCCACCUGAAGGACAACCGAGUGAAGUCGACGCUUCGCCGACACGCCCUGUCCGGCUAUCAGUCCCACGUGCCCGUGGAGUACCUGGACGAAUGCACCAUCGAGGCCUUGUCCAAGGAGGAUCUUCUAGUCUUGUGGAAGAAAUCAGAAAUCGAACUGCAGACUCGACUGAACGAGACCUUAGUGAGGAAUCGAAAACUGUCCAUGGCCAUAGAUUAUCUCUUAAAACUUCAGACAAAUCAGGUUGGCGAGGAAGUCUGAUAGGAAUGGACCAUAGUUGGAAAAAAACAAAACUUAAUUUUGUUUCAUGAGGGAAGAAGUGGAAGUGACUUUUUUGUUACUGUCGUUGUUGUGACGGAGAAGGAAGUGGUUAUAAUACUGAUGAUUCACAAUUUGUCAUUAAUCAGCAAAAGUUGUCAUACAACAAUAGAAACAUAACAAGAAAUUACCAACGGUCGUGGUUUUGGAAGAAAUGAUUGUGAGGGGCGGGACGUAGCCCAGUGGUAAAGCGCUCCCUCGAUGCGCGGUCGGUCUGGGAUCGAUCCCCGUCGUUGGGCUCAUUGGGCUAUUUCUCGUUCCAGCCAAUACACCACGACUGGUAUA